GGAAAGAGGAAGGGGAGACCUGUGAGGUUUGGGGUGUGCUUUCUCCCUCGAAGUAGCAAGUCAUUUCACACUCAGCUUCCUUAAACCGCCCAGAGCUGUUUUGCAAGCUGCAAAAGAGAGCAUUCCUCUUUCGGCUUCCGUGUGCUUGGCAGCCAGAGCCAACUGGGUUCCUCUCCGUCAAACUUUUGGUGCUGUGGGGAAGCCUGCCCAAAGGGGACCUUUCCUUCAGCUCCUCAUGACACACCUGCAGUUCAAAGACACCUUCUGGUGUAAAGAAUUCACUGUCCAUGCUGGGUACGAUGCACUUCUACAACGACUGCUGGAUGGGAGGAAGAUGUGCAAGGAUGUGGAGGACCUCAUCAAACAAAGGGCACAAGCAGAAGAGCGGUACGGGAAGGAGCUGGUUCAAAUUGCUCGGAAGGCAGGAGGCCAAACAGAAAUCAACACUCUGAAAGCUUCAUUUGAAAUCCUAAAGCAACAAAUUGAAAGUAUUGGGAACUCUCACAUCCAGCUGGCCAUAAUGAUGAAGGAGGAACUGAAGGGCCUGGAAGAAUUCAGAGAAAGGCAGAAGGAGCAGAGGAAAAAGUAUGAAAGUACAAUGGAGCGAGUGCACAAGAACAAGCUCUCAAUGUACAAGAAGACCAUGGAGUCAAAGAAGUCUUAUGAGCAGAAGUGCAAAGACACCGAUGAGGCUGAACAGACCUUGGAGAGGAUAAGUGCCGUGGGCAACCCAAAGCAAACAGAAAAGAGUCAGACCAAAGCAAGGCAGUGCAAAGAGGCAGCAAAUGAAGCAGAAAGAGUGUACAAGCAGAACAUAGAAUUGCUGGAUCAGGCCCGGACUGCCUGGGAGCAGGAGCAUAUCAGCACUUGCGAGGCCUUCCAGCUCCAGGAAUGCGACCGAAUCACCAUUCUCCGGAAUUCCCUGUGGGUCCAUUGCAACCAGCUCUCCCUGCAGUGCGUGAAGGACGAUGAGCUGUAUGAAGAGGUCCGCGUGAGCCUGGAGAACUGCAACAUAGACUCGGAUAUGAAUCACUUCGUUCAGAAUAAGAUGACUGGGAUGGAGCCACCAGCUGCCAUUGGCUACGAAAACUACUACGACCGAGUCCUGACGGCUAAAACCUGCAGCAGCCCCAUCCCGACAUGUGGGAUGAUGAAGAGAUUCUCUGGAUUGCUCCACGGAAACAAUCGAAACACCUCCGACAGUAUUGUUCCCACAGCUCCACCAGCUGCUGAGAAAGCAGAUGGUGUUUAUGCAGCAAUUCACGUAGCCCAAGAAGAAGAGUUUUCUACAUCUGAGGACUACAGAGUCCUCUAUGAUUACACAGCCCAGAAUGAGGAUGAACUGGAUAUCCAAGCAGGUGAUGUCAUCUCCAUCAUCGAAGUAGGCAAUGAUGGCUGGUGGACUGCAGAACAGAACGGAAAGCAAGGAUUUGUGCCUGGGUCUUAUCUGGAAAAACUUUGAUGAGAGGAGCAACCUGGAGUGUUUGGGUUUUCCCUUCUCCAACCCCCCUCCAGAUAUGCCUUUUAAUAAUCUUUGUGAAUGUCAUUAAAUGAAGAGCUUUGGGUCUACACUUAAAUUUAACAGAGAUUGCUGCCUAGUGUCCCAUGCUGCUAAAAACAAAACAGCACAACUACAAGAUACACCCCUAUCUAUUUUAGCAGGCUUUGGUAACUUGCAGUCUUCCUGCUGUUGCUGAACUGCAACUCUUUGUCAUCCCUGACCACUGGUUGGGUGUGAUGGGAGCUGGGAGCGGCGCAGGUUAGCAACCCCAGGUUUAUGAUUUCUAAGAUGAUGGCCUCAUAAGGGAUCCACAGAGGACCUCUCUAAAAGACCCUUUUGUUGCAACGCAGCCCAACUGGGCAGCAAAGCAGCCAUUUCAAGUGCCACUCUGGAGGGAUGUCUUGGUGCUGGUGUCGUUCCUCUUCUCUCCAGCGGACGGAACCCAAAGCACAUAGAUCAAACCAGCCCUUUCCUGGCUCUGCAGUUGCCCCCUGGAAAUGAAGGUGGGGGAGCUGUCAUUGGAGCUGCACUCAGCAAUCAUUCAAAUUCUCAGCUGCCUGGGAUCAAAAGCUCCUUUGGAGGGGGAUGAAAUGCACUUGCAGUUGUUCCACUGGGGUGCCAACACUGGUUUCUGCCGCAGCUUGAGUUUAGGGUACCAGCAGUGAGAAUUUGAAUACAGUGGUACCUCGGUUUUUGAAUGUAAUCCAUUCUGGAAGACCGUUCAAGUUCUGAAACGUUUGAAAACCGAAAACUCAACAGCUGACAGCUAGGCCUCAGGAUCUUGCACUCAGCGGAAGCCGUGUGGCAUGUUGACUUUCCGAAGCAUCUACUUCCGGGUUUAUGGCAUUCGAAAACCAAAAUGUUAGUCAACGGAGAUGUUCGAAAGCCAAGGUACCACUGUACAAGUGGCAAGCAGCAAGUGGAAGGCCUGAGAAAUACUCCCAUGACCUGUUCCAGGGACCCCUCUUGCAAUGACACGCCAGACCGUUUCUUUCAUUAGAUAGAAAGAAACCCAUCCUGUAAAUUCUUUCAACUUGCAGAUUCCUGCAGGUGUCCUAAGGCUACUGACGUACUCAUCUCCCAAUGGAAGCCAACUAUGUAUGCGCACCCUGAAGUCUCAUGCCCUCCACAAAUUUGCUCACAGGUCGGAGACUGAGCAAGGGCCUUUUUGAGCCCCUUCUGAGCCAUCCACACCAAACUAUGCCAGCAUUUAUUUGCCGCCCAGUUGCACCGCAUGCAGGAGCUACACGAGGAGAGAGCGCAGAAACAAGUCACCUGGGAACUCAGUCCAGCUUUGCUCUGGAGGCACAGUUUGCUUGCUUUGGGAGGGAGGCGAGAGAGCAUCUCCUGUGCUUUGGGGUUGACUCUAAAGGUAUAGAAAGGAAGCAGGUGCCUUUAAUAAAUGAAAAAGGAAGGAGGCAAGAAUGGUCUUGUAACCUGACAGGGUUGUGUGAGAUGGCAAGUGAUGUGAAUACUGAGAGUAAUUUAAUAUAUGUUUUAAACAAAAAGAGUCAAUGAAUUUUCCGUGUUUCACUGAUGAAAGUUAUGUUACAAGUAAAACAUUAACGAUGUUAUAUUUUUAAAAAUGUAGUCUAAAGUAUUUAAUUGCAGACAUAUCAUUUAACAGCAUAUCCAAAAGUUUUAAAAUAAUAAAAAAUAGAUUGCAAUGA